GGCUAAUAUGGGUCUUUUUAUACUUCUAAUGCUUCUGUGUUUCCAGUGGACAGCUGCCCCUGCUGCUGAUGAAAUUACCUGGACUUACACUGGCUUGGUGGGUCAGUCUGAGUGGUCCGCGUAUUUCCCUGACUGCCGUGGUACAUCUCAGUCCCCAAUUGACGUGGUAACCACCCAGACGAAAUAUGACCCCAGUUUGAUCCCUCUGACCCCGCUGGGCUACAGUCAGCAUGGCAACAAGCCCUUCACUCUGUACAAUAAUGGACACACAGCUGUGAUUGAGCUGCCAGAGUGGAUGGGACUAGGGGGGCUGCCCUGGCUCUUUACAGCUGUACAAAUGCAUCUUCACUGGGGCAGCGGCGGCCCGAGCCAUGGGGGCAGUGAACACACCAUCAACGGACUGAGUGCAGAUGCAGAGCUUCACGUGGUUCACUACAACUCUGAACUCUACCCCAACAUGUCUGCAGCAAUGACACAGAGGGACGGCCUAGCUGUUUUAGGAAUUCUCAUCGUGACAGGUGAGGAGACGAACCUGGCAUUUAACAGCAUCCUCAACUACCUGAGCCGCAUCAGACAUGCAGACCAGAAAGUGCCCAUCCCAGCCUUUGACAUCCAAUCCCUGCUCCCUAAGGACCUGGGACGCUACUAUCGCUACAAUGGCUCCCUAACGACGCCGCCCUGCUAUCAGAGUGUGAUCUGGACGGUGUUCCAUGAGAGGGUUCAGAUCUCAAAGGCACAGCUGCUGAAAAUGGAAACAAUACUUUACUCCAGUAAAGCUGAUAAUCCCGACAGGAUGCUGCUGCAGGACAACUACCGUGCAACACAGCCGCUCAACCACAGGGUCGUCUUCGCUUCCUUCUCCGCAGAAGCAUGGAAGGAGCUAUCUUCUGGUGAAGUCACAGCCAUAGUGAUAGGAGUGAUGUGUGGCUGUGUAGGUCUGGCAGUAAUUAUUCGCUUCAUCGUGAAGACAAUACGCUCUACCUCUAGCUGGGACGUCCUGCCCAGUAACCGGCCUGCUCCCAUGCCAAGGAUGAAGGAACCAGAGAAAGCAAAGGAGAAAAAACAAGACAUGGCUCUGAACUCGACCUCUGAAGCAGAAAAGAAAGAAGAGCCCUCACCGUCUCUUCAGACCGAGCCCUAGCUGACAGCAUGGACCACUUCAGGCCUUGUUCAGACACUCAAACGCUCUCUUCUUCCCUCCAGUCAUGAUGUUAUCACUGAUCCAUGUCUCCUCAGGGGACAGUUAGCAAACAUGUUCUCACAACAUGUCAUAAAAAGCAGCAGGAAAAACCAUUUUAUAAACAGUGAGGGAAGGAUGUAAACUGGACACAGGACAAAUCACCUGCUGCCCUGAUUACUUAACUGUUUUUCAGUAUUAUUUUUCCACCCAAAUUCAGAAGAGCAGUCUUGGUAUCAGACAUUUCUUCAGUUUACACUUGAAGCACAUGGUGUAAAUAUGUCAGUUUGCUGGCUCUGAGUUGUAUGUUUGCUCUUGCAAUGCCUGGGUUGCAUGAUUGGUUCAUGUAAAUACUUUGUAAAAUAUAUAUUUUGUUGUUUUUUUCACAUUUGGCUGUUAUUUCAUCUUGUUCAUCCUGCCUUGAAACACAAACACACUGUACUGUAUGAAAUGUUAUAGACUCGUUUAUUGUUUAAGUAAUAAUCAAUAUAAUGUUGACAUUAAAACACACAAGAGUUAAAGCAGAGUAAACUAAAAUUGUAUGAUUAAAGUCUAAAGUGAUUUGAAGCACGUUUGAUUUGUAUAUAGUGAUGCUGUCCGAACAUAUUGGCUCUGAAUUUAAAUCAGCAGAUUAUGUUGUAAAUGGAUGAGUUAUAUUUAUGUACAUGUGUUCAUUCUAUUGGAAGAAUGAUUUUCGGUGCCAUAUCAUUGUUGUCUGAAUGAUGUUUUUGCUGUAUAUAAAUUGUCAGUAUGGGCACCACAUUAAAA